ACAUGGAUUACUUCAAAGUACUGUGCACAUUUGGAUUACUGAUGUGUCCGCUACCCCUCCAUGGCCAGAAAACUUUUUUAGAUAGUCCUGAGAACAUUCAGGCGUACAGAAUUUUUAAACAAUUCUUCGUCAAUGUAUUUGGUAAAACUGGAACACCGGGUAAUGCGGUAUUCAAAGAAGCGGUGAAGAUGCAGCAUGUCCAGCAGCCAACGUCUAAUAAUACUUCAUUCCCGUGUGAUGUAUCUGGUGGUAGAUCGCCUUCUGUGCCGACCUCUAUGCACAAAUUAAGACCAGGCGACAUUGACAUUAUUGCAGCGAUGGGUGAUUCUCUGACUGCAGGAUUCGGGGCUUUCUCAACCAAUUUAUUUAAUAUUUUCAUUGAAAAUCGAGGGGUAUCCGCCUUUGGUGGAGGACAAGGAACGUGGCGAGAAUUCUUAACACUGCCCAAUAUUCUCAAGGAAUAUAAUCCAAAUUUAUACGGAUAUUCAACUGGAGAUUCUUUUACACAUCAAGUUGAUUCACAUUUCAAUGUCGGUGAAAAUCUCGCCAUGUCAAGAGAUCUUCCGUAUAUGGCCGAUAAUCUUAUCCGGAGAAUGAAGAGCGAUCCCCGAGUUGAUAUUGAAAAACAUUGGAAGAUGAUCACUAUCUUCAUGGGAGCGAAUGACAUCUGUUCUGACAUAUGUUGGAUAUAUCCACCCUCGAAAGCCCUUGACUAUCACAGGAAUGAUCUCAUUAAAACCUUUCGACUAUUGAGGGACAAUUUGCCUAGGACUGUGAUAGCGCUUGUUCCUGUGCCAGAUCUCGCAAAUCUCGUUGAUUGGAAGGGCAGACCUGCAAUUUGUAAACUAUUUAUUCGCAUAGGCUGCUCAUGUUUAGCUGCAUCUCCAUAUCGAAAGCAGCGAGCGGAAUUUAAAAAGAUCCUUAAACAGUACAAUUUCGAUUGGUUAUACUCUUUGUUGGUAACAAGAAUCUAUUUAAAAAUUCAUUAUUUUUAUUUUAGAUGGCAACAGAUAGAUCAAGACAUUGCAUCUAAUCCUGAGUUUCAGCGGAAAGAUUUCGGUAUUUUAGUUCAAACAUUUUCGAUGAAUACGGAUAUACCGAGGGCGACUUCCAGCGACGGUGUGGACUUGCGUUACCUAUCAUCCGAUUGUUUUCAUUUCAGCCAACGUCUGCAUGCUAGAGCUGCCAUCGGACUAUGGGGUAAUUUGGUCGACACUUCAAAGGAGAAACCGUCUUUAUUUGAUGAAUCUUAUUUUCCUUGUCCGGCACAUGAAAAUCCAUAUUUUAUAACCCCGGGAAAUAGCUGAUGUUUUGUAGCGAGAAUUUGAAUAAAUUUUAUGACUAUUGAUUGCUAGAAAUAUGAGCGUACUGAGAUUUAAAAAAUUACGGAUUCGUCCGUUUCGCAAUGGAAUUAUGCAUAUGCGAAUGAAAACGAUGAUAAUGUAAUUCAUUUUAGUGACAUUGGAUUGCUUGUUGAUUAUUCUGAAUCGAAAAAAAAGGGCUAA